UCGUCCUAUGUCAGUUGGAAUAGAAUUCGGAAAGUGGCGGAAGUCUGUGAAUACUCGGGCGAAAAAGUCAAUUCGAUUCUACGCGGGAAAGCAAGCUUAGUUUUUCAUUGAUAUAAUAAUCUUUUUAAAUUUCGUAAAAUAUGUCGAGUUUUACAAGAGAAACUCUGGAAGAAGAACUUCACAUAUUUGGGUUUUCUUUAGAGAAUGAUGGAUGCUUUGAAAAAGUUAGAGAUCUUGCUAUGCUGCACGGCUUGGAUGAGGAAGGAAUAACAAAUGAAUUCGUUGCCUUUACCCACACUAGUAAACUAAAACAUAAUUCUCAGCUAACCGAAGUCUUAUUACUACAAUUUGAGCGAGAGAGAUUGUCCAAGAAGGCUCAUAAACAAGCAAAAACUCCUCUAUCCAAAAACAAGAUAAAAAGAGAAGCCUAUGAUGAUUCUUGCUUAGAUGACUCGUACAACGCGUUUGACGGAGAAACAAAGAAAUCGGUAAAUUCUCCUGCUAAUUUUAAACAAUCUGGAUCAAGAAAUUAUUCUACCAUCACUCAAUCACCAUCUUGCACUGACAAUUACACUAAAAGAAAUAAUUCUGGAGAUAUAAUAUGCAAAUUUGGGUCUUUAGCACCGAAGGAAGUUGUUAGGAAAGAAUCAGAUACUAAAAUUUCAUUUCUAAUUCCGGAGGAAGAAAUGAAUCGCUUGGACAAAUUUAUGUUUCAAAAAAACAGUGAUAAAUCAAUGGUCGUAAAUGAUAUCUUGGAAGAAACAAGCUCCCUUUACAAAUUAUUUAACAAUAUUGAGCAUUUUGGUCAUGUAAGCCUUCCUUUACAGGAAAAAACAACUAUUUGUGGCCGAAUUGUUUCAGAGGGUGAAUCAAAGCUGAACUCGAGCACUGUACUAAUACAAGGAUCUUUAGAAACAUCCGGUGGACGGUGCUGUAAGCUUGACUUGUCAAAUCUAAAUAAAUAUUCACUCUUUCCCGGACAAAUAGUUGCUUUUGAAGGUGUGAAUAAUAAUGGGAGAAGUUUUGUAGCUAGUAAAAUUUUAGAGAGUCUUUGGAAGAAUCCAGAAGAAGUUCUUUUGAAAGACGAUAUGAAAAUUAUAAUUUCUGCUGGGCCAUAUGCAACGAAUAGUUCAGAUUUAGAACCUUUCCAUGAUCUAAUACAAGUUAUUAAGAGAGAGAAUCCAGAUAUAUGCAUUAUGAUGGGUCCAUUUGUUGACUGCAAAAAUCAAAAUUUAAUGAUGCAAAAUAAAUCUUAUGAAGAUAUUUUUUCAGAUAUGAUGAAAUAUCUGAGACAAGAAGUUGAAGGAUUACAUACGAAGUUUUUCAUUAUUCCAUCGGAGAGAGAUGCUCACCACGAUAUGGUCUAUCCCCAAAAUUCAUUUUCUUUAAAAUCAGAUGAGAAAAAUUUACGCUAUUUGAUGAAUCCUGGUAUACUUGAUUGUGAUGGUUUAAUUUUGGGCUACACAUCUACAGACAUUAUUAUUCAUAUGGCCAGUGAGGAAAUUGCAAGCUCUAAUCAUCCCGAAGACAAAGUCACAAGAGUUUUAAAGCAUAUUUUGCAGCAGAAACAAUUUUACCCCUUGAACCCACCUCACCAUGAUAUCAAUAUUGAGUAUGAAAUGCUCGAAUACUAUGGAAAAAUAUCGGUUACUCCUCAUAUUUUAAUCACGCCCUCAGAUUUAAAAUAUUUCAUAAAGGAAAUAAAUGGAACUCUUUGUAUCAAUCCUGGAAGGUUAGCCAGAGGAAAUGCUGGUGGAACUUACGGCAAGGCUCUUUUAAAAGGUGAUGCGAAGUCAAAAUUGAACUUAGAAACAAUGCGUUUUGAGAUUAUUAGAAUUUAAAAAAAAUCUUGUAAAACAACUGCUCUUAUAUUUUGCAAUAAAAUCAAAAUUCUGUAUCUUCUCUUUAGAGCUUAAUCCCAUUUAAAAUUGUUAUUUCAUGGCAAUAAAAGAAAAAUUUGGAUUUUCGUGUAUUCGUUACACAGUACUACUGAAUUUAAUGUUUUAUUCACAGUAUUGUGAAAAGUUAAUGAAUAACAAUCUUCAUUAUAAAGUAAAACUUCCAGUAGUAAAAUCCUAAUGUUUUGGAUACGCAUAAUAUAUAUAAGUUAACGUUUUCUUAAUCCAGUCAGAAGCGAACCCUUGCCCAUCGUGUCCAUUUGCUUCCUACGAUCCUCUUCCAUCUGAAAUUAAAAUUAGCAUAAAGUUCAAUUAUGAUUAAAAUUUCUUACCCUUAAUCUCUGCUGAUUCUCCC